CUUAUAUACGUCUGGGCUGGUUGCUCUUUGUCGUCGUCCUUCUUCUUCUUAUAGAGAAGAGAAAAACGAAGCUUUGAGCGACGAUGGGGAGAAGAUAGAGAAAAGUUUUUAUCUCUUCUUCCCUAAAUACCCCUGUGCUUCUCUUCCCGCAUUGCUUCCUCAAUCCUCAAUUUCUUCCCAAAGAACUCAAAACCCAGUUGUUUUUUCCCAAACACAUCAAAUCGAGCAAAAAAGUUCGCCCGAAAUGGCGCCAUCUUUCAACUGGUGGGCAAAGGAUACUCACAAGGGGACGCCGGUGAUCGUGAAAAUGGAGAAUCCCAACUGGUCAAUGGUUGAGAUCUCUUCUCCGGACGAGGACGACGAUGUCAGCGCCGGAGAUUUCCAUGUCAAAAAAGGCGGCCGGGGCAAAAACGCGAAGCAAAUCACGUGGGUUUUGCUCCUGAAAGCUCAUCGUGCCGCCGGGUGCUUGACCUCUCUCGCCUCUGCCACCUUCGGCCUCGCCGCAGCCGUCGCCGGCCGCCGAGUCCGCUCCGGCCGUACGGACUCCGAACUCGACCCGGUCUCGUCUCAAUCAGAAAGCCCGGCCUUGAGAAGCCGCUUCUAUGGUUGCAUUAAGAUCUUUCUCUGGCUGUCUAUCAUCCUUUUGGGGUUCGAAAUUGCUGCUUAUUUCAAAGGGUGGCAUAUUGGAACUCCUGAUUUCCAAAAGCUAAUGGCGUUCUCUUCUUCAUUUGGUGUACAAGAUGCUUUUGAUGCGGUUUAUUCCAGCUGGGUUCGGUUUCGUGUGGAUUACAUAGCUCCGGUUCUUCAAUUUCUAGCAGAUGCUUGUGUUAUUCUCUUCAUGGUUCAGAGUGCUGAUAGGUUAAUUCUGUGUCUGGGUUGUUUCUGGAUCAAAUUUAAGAAGAUUAAGCCUGUUAUGAAAGAGAACCAAGAUCUGGAAACUGGGGGAAAAGAUUUUCCAAUGGUGUUGAUUCAGAUGCCUAUGUGCAAUGAGAAAGAGGUUUAUCAGCAGUCAAUUGCAGCUGUUUGUAAUUUAGAUUGGCCGAGAGAGAACAUGAUGGUUCAAGUUUUGGAUGAUUCUGAUGAUCCAACUACACAAAUGUUGAUCAAAGAUGAGGUUCAGAAAUGGAAGGAAACUGGAGUUCAAAUUGUUUACAGACAUAGAGUCAUUAGAGAUGGGUACAAAGCUGGGAAUCUUAAGUCGGCCAUGAAUUGUAGUUAUGUAAAAGAUUAUGAAUUUGUCGCUAUCUUUGAUGCUGAUUUCCAACCGACACCUGAUUUCUUAAAGAAGACUGUUCCUCAUUUCAAGGACAAUGAGGAACUGGGGCUAGUUCAAGCUAGGUGGUCUUUUGUGAACAAAGAUGAGAAUUUGCUGACCAGGCUCCAGAACAUUAACCUUUGCUUUCACUUUGAGGUGGAGCAGCAGGUUAAUGGUGUGUACCUUAACUUUUUUGGGUUUAAUGGGACUGCCGGAGUUUGGAGAAUUAAGGCAUUGGAAGAUUCUGGAGGGUGGCUCGAGAGGACUACGGUGGAAGACAUGGAUAUUGCUGUCCGAGCUCAUCUCAAAGGAUGGAAAUUUAUCUACCUCAACGAUGUUGAGUGCCAAUGUGAAUUACCGGAGUCUUAUGAAGCUUAUAGGAAGCAGCAGCAUCGCUGGCAUUCAGGACCGAUGCAAUUGUUUAGACUUUGCUUGCCUGAUAUUAUAAAAUCCAAGAUUGGUAUUUGGAAGAAGUGCAACUUGAUAUUCCUAUUCUUCCUUCUCCGAAAGCUUAUCUUACCAUUUUACUCUUUCACCCUUUUCUGUAUCAUUCUUCCCAUGACAAUGUUUGUCCCAGAAGCCGAGCUCCCUGCUUGGGUCGUAUGCUACAUUCCAGCCACAAUGUCCUUCCUCAAUAUUCUCCCUGCCCCGAGAUCGUUCCCAUUCAUUGUCCCGUACCUCCUCUUUGAAAACACAAUGUCUGUCACCAAAUUCAAUGCAAUGAUCUCUGGCCUGUUUCAGCUUGGUAGUGCUUAUGAGUGGGUCGUCACCAAGAAAUCUGGUCGUUCUUCUGAGGGCGACCUCCUGUCGUUGAUCGAGAAGGAACCUCUCAAGCCUCACCGUGAAAAUUCAUUGCCCAACCUUGAUGCCAUCUCAAAAGAGGAAUCUCGGAAGCAAAAAGAGUUGAAGAAGAAGAAGAAGCACAAUAGGAUUUAUCGGAAGGAGCUUGCACUUGCUUUCCUUCUCUUAACUGCAUCGGCUAGGAGUUUGCUCUCGGCUCAGGGAAUUCAUUUCUACUUCUUGCUCUUCCAAGGGGUCUCGUUCUUGUUGGUGGGUCUUGAUCUUAUUGGUGAGCAGAUUGAGUGAAAAAUGUUAUAGCAAGGGGAAUUCAAUGAGGAAAUUGAGGAAAACUGGCACACAAAAAAGUGUGGGAGGGAUAUGCACAUCUUGAUGCUCCUCAUCCUUCCCUAUUUCCUCCUUGGGGAGGACAUUGAAAUUGUUUUUUACGUUUAAAAGUUUCUCCCUUUGGGACGUGUAGAUAGAGAAAGCCAUUCUCAGCCUGUUAGAUGAGAUGCUUCAUUCUUUCAGGUCUUCAAUUCUUUUGUAAGAAAAUUUUGGUGUUCAGCUGGGAUUUUACUUUGAAAAAGUUAAACAAAGUGUAUCUUUUUAUCAGGGAAAAUCUUGUUCUGGUAGUCGAAUAACAUUUAUUUAUCAUUUAGCUUGUGAACUCAAAAGGGUGAUACUUGUAUUCCAAUAUUCAUGUACAUUUUGGCACUCUCUUAUUUGUGGAGGCCAACUGUUGCAAAACGAAAAUUAUUGGAAAAUUAUUUGUAGCCAA